AUCGCUACGUUGUUUUCAGCGUUAGCUAAUAGCAUUUGCUAGUAGCAUUUGUUGCUAUAAAUGUAGGUUACUCAACGUUGAGCUACAUUAUCAACCAUAAGUCAGACAGUUUUACUGAAUAUGCUUGGGAUUCAUCAAAUAUAUGGACGACGCAGAGUGCAGUUGAACAUAAUACUGCCCUUAUUAUGCCGUUAUUAUUAUGCUUCCAGAACCGACAAUAUGUUGUCAACAAACGUGAAGACCUUGAGGAAAACAAGAAACACACCGAGUCGACCAGUAACGGUCGCACGGUUGUACAGUUCUAAUAAACACAACUCAAAGGUACCAAAGGUCCCAACGUGGGAACCCCUGGGAGAAGACCGGAUCCCAUCGUUGCCACAAGUCUCGUCCGACUUGGUGGACAAACUGGAGAGACUAGCCCUGGUUGACUUCCGCACCAAAGAGGGUCUGGUCUGCCUGGAGAGAGCCAUACGGUUUGCGGAUCAUCUUAAUAUGGUGGAUACAACUGGAGUAGAGCCCAUGGAUUCAGUCCUGGAACACGGGCAGCUCUUCCUGAGAGGCGAUACAGUCACUGAAGGGGACUGUGCAGAGAAGCUGCUUCCACUUUCAAACACCACAGUGGAGGAGUACUUUGUUGCACCUCCGGAAACAUUCCACUUCCAAGGCGGGAGGACGGAGAGCGUCCAUGUGAAACACUCUGAGUUUUGA